AUGGCAAUCAAAGAUGAUAGCGACAUUUCCGAAAUCACCGGUGGCUGCUUAUGUAGAUGUAUCCUAUACACAAUCCACUUCAACAACGACCAUCCUUGGCCACCAAAAUCAGCAUCAUGCCAAUGUACCAUGUGUCGAAAAUGGACUGCAAGUCUUUUUCCUCAAUUCCUAACUCUAUCUGCAAAGCAAAUCACUCCAGAGCUGUCCACAUAUGCAGCAUACAAAGAAUAUCGUUCCUCAGAGACCUGUCUACGCGGGUUUUGUGUACAAUGCGGAAGUUCGCUGUUGUGGAGGACGGAGCAAAAGCCGGAGGAGAUCGAUGUAUUUCUGGGAACGAUUGAUGAGAAGUGGCUUGUUGAUCGGAAAGCCGACAUAGCGACUGCUACUGGGAACGGCAAUAGCGAGUCUACGGGAAAGACUCUGGGGACACCUAUGCAUGCGCAGUAUUACUAUGAGAAUGUCAUUGAAGGCGUGACGGACACUGUGCAAGGUGGGAAAAGAUAUCUCACACAUUCGUCGCAAUGCGAAGGCUUCUAG